AUGGCGGAGGUAAGAGUGAAAACAGGGGAGGAUCAUCAGAUUUUAAAUCGAUGUUUAGAAAAUGUGUGUUGCUAACUUUCUAUUUAAAUGUAAUCGAUUGCAUAGAUUAAGGUUUUUUUGUUCCAUAUUUGUGGUUUUGUGUCAAAAUUGCCGUAAAUAUGCCUCUAAAAUAUGUUUUAAUGUAUAAACCGAUCCUUCACGACAAGGCCUGUGCGCGUUCGCUCUCAGCUGCUUUGCUAACAUUACUGGGCAGACUCAAACGCCAAUUUGAUGGGGGAAGAAAAUAAAAAUACAUUUGAUUUGCAUUUAAUUGGGAUGGUAUUUUUCGGUUCUUGUGUAAAAACAAAAACAUCGCCUAUGACUGGUGAAUUGUUCCCAGUUUUAGGUUAUCGUGUACAGUAACUAAACAAUACGAUUGUUUUUUGUUUUGUUGUUGUUAAUAAGAUUUGCUUUCUCGCUAAUUUCAGAGCAUUGACGGCACACAAAGAUGGAUAUAGGGGCCUAGAUGUUAUUUUGCGUGCCACAUCCAAAUGUUAUAUCAUAUUGCUACUAAAUAUUUAAAUCCUAUAACAUUACAUAAAACCGCUUAGUCUGUCUGUGCGGUCGGUAUGUGUUUUCAGGUUGCGGAAAACGCAGAGCUAUUGUUUAUUUAUUUAUCGUGGUGGACGUUAUUGACAAUGUCUGCUGUACAAAAUUACAUUUGUUUUAAUGAAAGUUUACGAACGUGUUAACAGUAGUGUUCACAGAUAUAGCAUAUUAUUUAGUCUUCAAAAUGGCUUAAUUUGUGCUAUUAUCUUUUUGUUCUUCUAAACAGGCUUCCUUCGGGAGUUCGAGCCCAGGUAAUUUCAGAAUUAUCUUUUUUAAAAGGUAUUUGAAUGUGAAAUACUGAAGUUAUGAAUAUGACAUGCCAUUUUUAUAUUCAGUUAAUGUUUAUUAUGAUACCAUGUAGCUAAAUACAUUUAUAAAAAAUAUUUAUUGAGAAAGUAAUUCCAUGUAAAUGAUGCUCUGGGUUCGCCAAUGGUAAUGACAAGCAGUGCCAGUUUUGCCAAGAGUAUCUUAAUUUAUUUGCGGGUUGUCCUUAUAACGGUGCCUUUAAACUGCGUUCUAAAAUCGUUUUCGCUCCACAGUUGGCUCUUUGUCGUCGGAAGAUCAUGACUUCGAUCCGUCAGCCGAGAUGCUAGUUCAUGAAUAUGACGACGAGAGGACUUUGGAGGAGGAAGAGUCAUAUGAGGGCGAGAGAAACUGCAACUCAGAGAUAGCCGAUCUAGAGAAGGUUGGUUGGCUAUAGCUACAGAUUGCAACACCAGAUAAUGUGAUUCAACCCAACAUUUGUUCCAUUAUAAUGGUAGUUACAGGUAUGACUAUACAAAACAUCGGCAGAGAUUUUUCAACUAACCUUGUAUUAGCGAUACUAUCUUCGUCCUCGAUUCGUGGAAACAGGAGUCUCAUAAAAUGUCUGCGUCCAGUUGCAGGGGGUCUGUUUGAAUUGAGAAAAUGCUCUGUUAUUAAAAUACAUAAUGUUGUCUUAUAAGUAAUCCAACAAUGUGUAUAUCGCAAUCAAAUCAAAUUCUAUUUGUCACAUACACGUGUUUAGCAGAUGUUAUAGCGGGUGUAGCGAAAUGCUUGUGCUUCUAGCUCCGACAGUGCAGUAAUAUUUAACAAGUAAUAUCUAACAAUUUCACAACAUAUACCCAAUACACACAAAACUAGUAAGGAAUGGAAUUUAAGAAUAUAUACAUAUAUGGACAAGCAAUGACAGAGUGGCAUGGACUAAGAUACAAUAGAAUAUUAUAGAAUAGAAUGCAGUAUAUACAUAUGAGAUGAGUAGUGCAAGAUACGUAAACAUUAUUAAAGUGCCUAGUGUUCCAUUUCUUAAAUAUCUAUUUCAAGUCUUCUCUCAUUGAUUGAGACAGGUGUGUCCACCCCAAAGUGUUGCAUGACAGACAGACCUGUCUCGAUUAAUGUGAGAAGACUUGAAAUAGACAAGAUGGCGGCAUACACAUUGUUGGAUUACUUCAUGGACCAAAACAUUUAUUUAUUUUAAUAACAAAGCAUUUUCUAAAUUCAAACGGACCCCCUGCAACUGGACACAGACAUUUUAUGAGACUCCUUUUUCCACGAAUCAAGGAUGAAGACGGUAUCGCCAAUACCAGGUUAGUUGGAAAAAUCUCUGCCGACCUUUUUAUAUAUCCUGUAACUACCAGUAUGAUGGUCAAAAAAAAUUACCCAUUAAAUCAGAUUAUCUGGUGUUACAAUCUGUAGCUAGGUUGGCUUACAAUAUAAAUUAAUGGACAGUUUCCUUUCUUUUGGACAGCCAAUGUAGUUGUCAUUUUAUAGGAAUAUCUUUCAUUCUGUCAAUGCUUAAAUGACCACUUACCUCCCUACUUCAAUUAAUAAAAUGUUAUAGGCUGGGGGGGGGGGAAGCAUAAUGUGUACAUGACUAUGUUCUGUCUUAUUAUGGAGACAGACACUGUGUCAUGGAACUUUUGUCUAACCAUUCUUCACAUAGCAGACAUGUGUUAUCAUGAUUUUGAUUGUAGAGACAUGGUCUAAUAUGAUUUCUAUUUGUUGUAACAGGAGGGGAACAUGCCUUUGGAGGAACUGCUGGCCAUCUACCGCUACGAGGCGUCUGUCAGUACGGCUGCAGGCUCCAGCAUGGACAGCUCUUCUGGGGAGCUGACGGAUGAACUGCCAGACAUGACUUUGGACAAGGUGAGCAAAAUUCAGUGCACUAUAUCAGAUUUGGUAAAGGGAAUAUUUAAAAAAUGUUUUCAGUCAAAUGUAUUUGUGAUAUCGUCAGUAGGCCAUCUAUCCAAUUAUGAUUACAUUAUACGUGUCUUACUUUUGUAUGACCUCUAAAGUGUGGUUAUGGCAGACUGAAUUUUUAGGAUCAAUUGAUCCUUGGUGGGUUAGUUUCUAACGAUACAAAUGGUGAUUGUGUUCUUCCACAGGAGGAGAUUGCUAAAGACCUGCUAUCAGGAGACUAUGAGGAGGAGACCCAGUCCUCCGCUGAUGACCUCACCCCUUCAGUCACUUCCCACGAGGCCACCGACUUCUUCCCCAGAACACUCAGAUGUAAGGCAAUUCACUUCAAUUGCAACUUUAUUAGGACACCUCAGGGAUAAAUAAGACAUUGUCAGAGCACAAUUACAAAACACAAAUACAAUUGGGCAGAUUCAUAUAGUGCAUGUUAUGAGCCACUGCAAUAUUUUAUUUAUUUAAGCUGCAAUAUUUAACUUUUUGGGCGACCCGACCAAAUUCACAUAGAAAUGUUGUUAUAGAUUUGUCAUUCUCAUUGAAAGCAAGUCUAAGAAGCGGUAGAUCUGUUCUAUGUGCGCUAUUUCUAUGCUUCCUGUUUUUAAGUUUCGGUUUUUGCUUAUGGAAAAUAUAUUUCACAGUGGUUUAGAUGGUACAAUGAUUCUCUAUACUUGCUUGUUUUGUCACAUAAACUGAAAUUAGGCAAACUAUUAGAAUUUUAGCAACCAGAAAAUGGCGGAGCGAUUUCUGCAUAGUGCAUCUUAAUGUUUCCCAAUUUUAGCUAGCAGUAUGCUUAAUUGAAAACUCAUAAUAAUGGCAAAAAUACUGUCAAGUGCAGGUGUCAUUAUAAACAAAAGCACAUUAACUUAUUUAUCUUGUGCUUUGUCAGAAUGUAUCCCUUUCCUUCAUACCAUCUUUUAAUAUGAACUUAUCUUGUCAUGUGAUGAGUUGAUAAGCACAGGAUCCCAUUCGUAUAGCAAGAAUUUCAAUGGGGCAUGCCCUUUCUGUCUUUGCAUUGUCAGCAAACACUAUCUACGACGGUGAUAAGGAGUCAGAGUGUGAGGAGGAUGGGCCAAGCCUCGAGGACUCCAGAAAGGUAAGAAUCCUGUCCUUUUAAAAGUGACUUGAUUGAAGAGGAUACAGGAUUAAGUUUCCCAUAAGCACUAAUUGGGGGUCAGUUAUUUUACUUUCCAAUGGUUACGGUUGUUUAGUAACCUUACUUGGUUAACUGAACCUAGACCUGGACUUCAACCUAAAAUAGACUGAUGGUAGAAACAUGGUGCUGCAUGUUCUGUUCUGGGGGGUAAAUCUGUUUGUAUUUCACAGGAAAUAAUGGUGGGGUCGCAGCACCAAGCAGAGGUCCCCACCCACCUCUGUCACUAUGGUGAUGAUGAGAAGGGUGAGUGCAGGGUUUCUUAAGAGGUUAACCCAUAAACCCAUUGUCAGAGUUGCAUUUGACAGUCAGACGUUUAGCAGUGUUUCCAAGUGUAACAUUUUUAUUUUUGUAUUUUUUAUUAACCCUCUUCAGAGGACACAUAUCUUGUUUGUUUUUACAGCUUUUCUGCUACAUAUAAAUGUACAUACAUUUUACAUAGAUGUUUUACAUACACAUUUUACAUACACUACCGGUCAAAAGUUUUAGAACACCUACUCAUUCAAGGGUUUUUUCUUUAUUUUUACUAUUUUCUACAUUGUAGAAUAAUAGUGAAGACAUCAAAACUAUGAAAUAACACAUGGCAUCAUGUAGUAACCAAAAAAGUGUUAAACAAAUAAAAAUAUAUUUUAUAUUUGAGAUUCUUCAAAUAGCCAACCUUUGCUUUGAUGACAGCUUUGCCAUGGAAUCGGUACAUCAAAAAUCUCUUCCCAUUUAUUUUGCAACCUGUAUGGCACAGCUGUCAACAUUUUUGUCCUCAAAUGAAACUGGUAUAUUUUUCUAUUUAUGCCAAUUCCUUUCAGCCAAUUUGUAUCUUUAAUAUAUUUGCCUCCUCCAUUUUUGUGGUAAUGCUGCAAUCAGUUGGUUAUACGUUUGGAUUGAGCAGACAUUCCCAUAUAUUUUCGAUAGCUGCAUAUGUGACAUAACUCCACCGUUUUAUAUUCAUAGUAUCAUUAAUAAAUAUAAUACCAUUUAAAAACAUUUCUUCCAUAAAUUGUUUUUUUAUUAAUCAGUAUAUUUGAGUUUAAGCAUAACAUUUGUUAUAAUAUUUGUUCUAUAUUUUCUGGAGGAUAAAACUGAAAUUGUAAGCAGCAUUGUAUAGCUUGUUUAAGAAAGGGCGAUACAAAACAAAUUUCAUUUUCAAUUAGUCGUAAAUUAGAAGUUGUAAUCUGUAUAAAGGCAAAAAUGCCAUUUUUGAACAAAGGAUGAGCCUUUCUUAAUAAUCUGCUGGAGAACCAUUUUGGGUUUAAGUAUAACUUAUGUAUGAGUGAAGCUUUUAGUGAGAGGUUUAACGCUUUAAUAUUUAAUAAGUUUAGCCCCCCAAACUCAUAUUUAUGAUAUAAAUAGGCACGUUUAAUUUUGUCUGGCUUAGCAUUCCAAAUAAAAUGAAAUAUAUUUUGCUCAUAUGAUUUUUUUAAACGAGUCGUCUGGAUUAGGCAGUGCCAUUAGUAAGUAAACUGUGAUAGGACCAAAGAGUUAAUCAAUGUGAUUUUUCCAUAAAUAGACAAGUAUUUCCCCCUCCAUGGUUGCAGAAUCUUAUCUAUUUUUGCAAACUUUCUAUUGAAAUUGAUUGUGGUAAGUUCAUUUAUAUUUUUUGAGAUGUGAAUACCAAGUAUGUCUACUUCACCAUCCGCCCAUUUUAUUGGUAAACUACAAGGUAGUGUAAACACUGUGUCUUUUAGCGAUCCAAUACGUAAUAUGGUACACUUGUCAUAAUUCGGUUUUAGUCCAGAGAGGCUAGAAAAGUGAUCUUCAAUAAGACUGUGUAGGGAUCCAGAUUGCGGAGUUAAGAAAACAACUUGAGUCACCGGCAUACAUUGAGACUUGUUUUUAUCCAAGUGUAACAUUGCAUAGUGUUUAACAUUGUGAUUGUCAUCCGCCAUUUUCGUGCAGUAUACGAAGAUGAUGACCAGUUGCUAUGGAGCCCGGACGUGUUGUCGGAGAGCAAGGUCAGGGACUUCCUGUGUGAGGCGUUGUCAUGGGCAACCGACGAGAGGACAAGAAGUGACACGGCAGGAGCUCAUGUGAGAGACAAUGAGCAGGUCAGUCAUCACUUUAAGACUCACUGGAUGUCAUAACAUUAGAUAUGCUCCUGCUGCCAUCUCAAAGUUACUGUCUUUCAAAGUUACAUGACUUUGAUUGUCAUGGUUGUUGUCAGUGUAAGUCGUUGACCUAUUCCUCUGUCUUCUCCCUGUAGGCUCUGUAUGAGCUUGUGAAAUGCAACUACAAUACCCACAAAGCACUAGAGUGGUAUUGCAGUAACGUGAAAUCCUCAAAGGGUAAGUUACCAUUUUGAAUGAUUAGUAGACUCAUAAAUGUCACUCCAUUGUGAGGGAAAAUGACUCCUUGUGAUUAUUACAGAGGAAUCCCCGCCGUGGUCUGAAGAUGAAUGCCGAAACUUUGAACAUGCACUACAGAUAUACGAUAAGAACUUUCACCUCAUACAGAAACACAAGGUGGGACUCUCUCUGUUACUGAUUAAAGGGUGGUGAGAUUAUCAUAAUGUUGAUAGCUUCUGUAAAGAUAUGGACACACUUUAUUUAGCCUCUGUAAGGAUAUGGACACUUUAUUUAGCCUUUCUUUAAAAAGCCUGUGUCACUAACUCCCUGUGUUGGAGAACUCUUCUCUUCAUCAUGUAUUUCUGCCCUUCAUCAAGGUGAAGACACGGACGGUAGCUGAAUGUGUGGCCUUUUACUACAUGUGGAAGAAGUCGGAGCGCUUUGAUUUCUUUGUCCAGCAGAACCGCUUUGGCAAGAAGAAAUAUAGCAGCUAUCCUGGCGUAACGUAAGUGAUCAUUCAUUCUGCUCAACAGUAGUAACUGAGGUCUGAAUUCAUUGCGAAAUGUAUGUAGACAGAGUUCCCUCUGAAUAGGAUGAAAGCCUGUGUUUGCACAUUUUAUUUUAUUGUGCUUGCAACUACAUGAAAGGGGUGGCUUUCAUGGUUACUAAAAGAGAAUGUGUCUGUGGGUGGGUGUGGCUGAGUGUGUUUGUGUGUGUGGUAACCUGUUGUGUCUUCCCCCUGCCUACAGGGACCUGAUGGACCGGCUGGUGGACGAGGCAGAAGGCCUGGCAGUAGACAGCUCCUCCUCUGUGUGCUCAGGUGGAGGAGGAGGGUUGAGGAUGGAGCCCACCACAGAGCAGCAGCUCAGCCUGCUCAACUCCAUCACUGCCAGCGACCUUACAGGUUAGUCAACAGGGUCUCAGACGCUUCACACUGCAUGUAGCACAAACUGACCCCCAUCUUCCUUGACAGGGUAACUAUAUUUUUCACAAGCCUAACUUCAGAUCUGGCAUUCAGUAUGAACUUACAGUACACAUAUUAUACACAACAAUACAACUUUAUACAAUCAACAUAAGUCCUAAGAACAAUACAUAAGAAAUCCACAGAUAACCAAGUAGUUUAUAUAUGUGUCCCCUACCCUCAGCCCUGAGUAACAGCGUGGCCACAGUGUGCAGCCCAGCGGAGGUGAGCUGCCUGGACUCGUACAGUUUCCCCCCUCUGGAGAGCCUCCACCGGGGGUCCCUGGCCCACGAAGAGCCCCUGGGCUUCCCAUCCAACGGAGGAGACCCCAACUGUCUCAACAUGCUGGAUACUGGCUUCUACCACUCGGACCUGGGCCAGCUGGGUGGGGUGUGCGGGGCCAAGGAAUGCGAGCGGCCCUCUAAGAGGCUCAAGUUGGCACUGCCCGACUCCUUCAUCAACGACGUUUCUGUGGGUAACCUCGGAGUGGACUUUGAGGGGCGGCGGAAAAUGACACACCACCGCAUCACCGGCACCAAGAUGGCGGUGUCCGUCACAGACUUUGGGAGUUUGGCGGGGAGCCCAACGGGCUUAUGGGAGCACACGCACAGCACAGCACGGCGCUCCAGUCAGAGUGACCUCCCUCCGCCCCGCCCCCAGAGUUCCACCUUUAAAACCACCAUCCCAUGUGUACAUAAGACUCACUCACUGGAGAAUUAG